GACGUAACGUCUUAGCAACCACGAUUACAGCUUUUACAUACAGCAGUUAACACAUUUUAAGAUGGCAGAUCAAGCUCAGCAACAGGCUGCACCUGGCAGUGUCCCAGCUGGUUCAAAAACCUCAGAAUUUUACAGAACAGACAAUAUCCCUAACAGAUUUGAACACCCAGAGUGGUUUCAGGGCUAUGGAGGCAAGACCCAGCAUCCUAUGUACAGAACCAGCUCUUCAGAUUAUGGAGCUAAGGCCCCCUCCGUUCACACUAUGCCCACGACUUUCCAUGCCAGGUCACAAAAAUUCUCAAUGCACCUAGGAACAUGUGGAAUGUACAAAAACCACUCCCUCAACACUGCCUUGGACCAGAGCCGAGUAUGAUGGUCGAUUCUGUAUAUUUACACUUCUUCAAGUCUGUUGUGUCACAUUGAAAAACAAAUCAAACAUUGGCUGAAAUUUAAACACUUGACAGUGAAAGCAGUUUUACAAAACAUAUUGAUGGAUUCUACAGACUGCAGAAUUUCUAUUCAUAUUAUUAUAUUACCUAAUGUGUUUUAAAUCAAUUUUCCACAAGGUUUCAAGUCACUAUAAAAAAAAGAUUAAUAAUAUAUGUGAAGUUGUAGUUAUUGAAAACCUUUGUUUUGUUGCACUCAACUUUAACAACAUUCAGAAUCUAAAGAAAUCAUUUUAUCUAAUCAUGAGAAAAAGAACUGAUCAUUCGUUUAAAUUGUUUUGUACAGGAAUGUGCAUUUAGACAAUAU